AUGUGGCUGAGUUUUCAGGGGAUAGAGAAAGAGGACUGGAUGACCCUGUGAAGUGUGGUUAGGCUCCCAGUUUUUCCUUCCGCUUACUUUUCUUUCUGUUUUUUAUUUUUCCUUUACAGUUUUGGUGACUUGUCUCCUGCCUGGAGUCACGUUCCCCAACCAUGGCUGAAGGGGGUGCCGAUGGGAACCAGCCACCACAUGAGCAUCCCCGCAAUUUGCAGGGGCUGCUGCAGAUGGCAGUCAUGGCGGGCAACGCCGAGCCUGGUCAAAUGGAGCCCAUGUCUGAUGAGCGGAGACAGUGGUUGCAGGAAGCAAUGGUUGAGGCAUUUCGUGGGCAAAUGGAUGAAGUGGAACAAAUGAAGGAAUGUCUACGUGUUUUGGAAGUGUUGAGCCCUGGAGCAGAACGUGGGGAAAGUUCAGAGGAAACACAUUCAGACCUUGAGCGAAGGGAAGGUGCCCUAGAUGUACUGGCAGAGUUGUGCGAAAACUUGGAUAACGCUGCAGAUUUCUGCAAACUGGAGGGCAUGCGGCUGUUGGCACACCGAUACCUGGAACAUGAAGAGCAGGAGCUGCGCUGGCGAGCUGCCCAUCUGGUGGGCACCUGUGCCCAGAAUGUGCCCAAGGUUCAAGAGCAGGCCCUGGCGCUAGGCUGCAUGAGGAAGCUGCUGAGGCUGCUGGACCAUGACCCCAGCGAGGCUGUUCGGAUCAAGGCACUCUUUGCUAUUUCUUGCUUAGUAAGAGCCCAGGAAGCUGGACUACAGCAAUUCCUUCGCCUUGACGGGUUCUCUGUACUCAUGAGGGCCAUGCAGAGUAACAUACAGAAAUUGAAAGUGAAAUCUGCCUUCCUCCUCCAGAAUCUUCUCAUAAACCACCCAGAGCAGAAAGAGACUCUCUGUUCCAUGGGCAUGGUUCAGCAGCUGGUGGCUCUGGUCCGAUCUGAACAUAGUACCUUCCAUGAGCACGUCCUGGGAGCACUGUGCAGCCUGGUAACAGAUUUUCCCCAAGGUGUGCGAGAGUGUCAAGAGCCAGAAUUAGCACUCGAGGAUCUGCUAAAGGAACGAUGUCAGCUGCUUAAGAAUCAGGAAGAAUUCCAGGAGGAACUGGAUUUCUGUGAGACAUUGCUGCGUCUUUGCUUCCACAGUCAACCUGAUGAAAACAAUAUGGACCGGUAGCUUGGCUUCUUAAACUCCCUCUUGACCUGGUUGAAGUUGUCACACACAUUUGGAGCUGUUAUCCUACAUCUGCUGAACCAGCGGUAAACUGGAAUAACAGAAGAUCUUUUUGAAACUGAGAUAUCUGUGUGUUAGCUGAAUGAUCAGCAGGAAGACUUUCAUAAGCUGUUGCUGCAUAACUUCCUUUUCAUCAUCCUGCAAAAUGCAUUUGUCUACCCUCAUUACUUGUAGCUUUGCCCAUCACAGUUUAACUUCAACUAGCCUAAGAACCAUAGUUUUCAAUGGUUCUUUAAAUCUCCAAGUUUAACUGGGAAAUGCAUCCUACUUCCCAUCACUCACAUUGCUUGUUUUCAGAAUUGCAGGUCUUAGAGGGGAGGGGCAAGCUUGAGUACCUUUUAAUGUCUUGGCCUGGGAGGAGAAGCCAGUUUGCAGUUAUUUCUCUAGGAUAGUAUUCCCAAGCAUGUACCCUCCAGAUGUUUGAACUUUAAUUCCCAUAAUCCCUAAACUAUCAAGAACAGGGUUUAUGCUGCAGAGUUGAUGCAGAUUAUAAGAAUUGAAGUCCAGCAUGUGUGGAGAACAAAAUGUUGGGGAAAACUCUUUUCAAGCUGUAACUGAAAGGCAGGACCAUUAGUACACUACUCUUGAGUGCCGAGGUGCUUUCAAACACCUCUCAGAUGGCAUCUGUGGAAAAUUUUUAAAAUAAAAAUUUAAAAGCAGCUGAAACAUCUGGCAAUCCCCCCAGAUUCACAAGAUUGCUGCAUUCUUGUGCACAACUUUGGGCAGUCUGGUGAGAGUCACAUUUUAAUUGAUUUUGGUUCAGGACACCGCUUAAAAACAAUUGCUAACCUCUAGGGGAUGGGAAUUAGGGAAUCCACAAAUUUCUUCUCCAAAUAUGUAAUCCAGUACAUUUGUUCAGCGGAAUGGGCUCUUUGUACCUGUGUAGGAAUGCAGGGUCUGUGUUGCAAUUUACUUUAAAAAGGGUUUCAAAUAAGGGAAACUGGAAAAGGUAUGACAGAUUGGCCAGAUUGAAAGGCAGAAAGACUGUUGCUUCAGUUGUGAAGAAUGGAUUACUGUCUACAGAGGUGCAAUGAAAUUCUAUUUUCUUUGUGAGUCUUAGAACCCUGCCUUUUUUCACCCUUGUAACUGGCUGUCCUGGUUAGAAAUGGUGAUUGUAGAGCUUUGUUUUUCUUCAUUGGCUUAUCUCAUCCGAUGUAUUCAAGCACCUUGUAUCUUUAUCACCAUGCCUUGCUACUGCUGUGUUCUCAACUUAGUUUAUUUUUUUUAACAAGUUUCUCUUUUGGGUGAUAA